AUGAGAACUAAAUCUUGUCUUCCAGAAAUAUCAUUUAAAGACUAUUGUUAAAAAUACUUAAAUGAUUCUUUUAUUACUAGUGAGAGAUAAACAAAAAAUAAAUUCAAGUUAGAUUAGAUGAAAAGUGUCCAACUUGGAAAAGAAAAAUAAUUAGAAUUUUAAAAUUAUAUUAAAACUGCAAUUGAUCAAACAAAAUAAGUAAGAAUUGAAGCAACAAAAGAAGCAACAAAAACAUUUGGUAAUCCUAAGCAAUGGCUUAGAGCUUAAAAAGAAUAUUUUAAAUAGCCAGAAGAAAAACAUAAAACAUACAUUGAAUGCUACUAAUUCUAAAUGCCUACUUAAAUCAACUUUAAUAAAUGGAAAUAUAAAGAGAGACUUGAACAACUUAGAUGUCGAUCUUAUUCUGUUCGUAAAACACCGAAUAGUCAGAGAAGACAAUAUAUAUUUUGAAAAUAAUUGUUUGCUCGUUAAUGUUUAUAGAAUUUCUUUAGUGAGAUUAGUAAUUUAAUUAAUUCUUGAUUAAUAUUAAGUUUUGAAAUCUUAUUAAUCAUCUAAACAAAAAGAAGCCUUAUAUUUGGUUAUAAUAAUUAUUCAUUAAUUAUAAAUAAAAAGAAUAGCAUUUAAGUCAAUUCAAAAUUUAUCUAUGCUUUCAUCUAAGAAUAAAUACGUGGGCUCAGAUUUUUCAGGAUAUUUAGAACCAAAGGGUAUAUAAGGUUCUCCUUAACAAAAUGAUAAUCUUUGCUAAAAUCUAAAUUUGACAGAAUACUCAAGAUUGUCUAAACCAGAACAAGAAAAAGUAAGCAUUAGGAUAAAUUAGCAAUUAAAAUUAAAAUGGUAAGAGAUAGCUUAAGAAUGGCAAAAGUAUUAGAGAGACGUUAAAGUUAUUUAAUUAGCAGAAUUUGGAAUACCUUUUAGUGUAAGAAGAUUUAUGUGGCCUUUAAUUGUUGGUAAUAAGCAUCAAAUUACAUUGGAGUUAUUUGAAAUUUUAUCUGAAUAAGUAUAAAACAUUAUUCUUGAUGGUAAAUAUAAUUAUGGAAGAUUAAAUUCAAUUAAAUUAAUUGAGAAGGACUUAGGGAGAACUUUUGAUGUUCCAAGUAUGAAUAUUUUAAAAUAGGUCUUCGAAAUAUUUUUUCUUCUGGAGGACCUCUUAGUGGAAGUCUAUAAUCAAUUUUGGAAACGUUUUGCCUUUAUCGUCCAGAUAUUGGAUAUAUUUAAGGGAUGACCUAUAUAGCAUCUAUACUCUUGACUUAUUUAGAUGACUAUUAAGCUUUUAUAAUUUUUAGCAGUCUCAUAACACAUCCAUAAUUGCUUCCCAUAUAUUUACUUGAUACUAAUUUACUUUAGAUAAUUUUUUUGCAAUUUUAAAAAUUGAUAAAAAUAAACAUUCCUUAAACAUAUCAAUUGCUCAAAUCGUACAAUAUUGAUUGCUAAAAUUUCUUAUUAGAAUGGACUAUAACAUUAUAUGCUAAACCUCUAAAUCCCGAUAUAGUUGGGCGAAUUUGGGAUAGGAUGUUCUUUGGUGGAACCAAUAUAUUAUGGAAGACAGGCAUAGCUUUGCUGAAGUUAUUAUCACCAAAAUUUAAAGAUUUAGAAACUACACUUCAAUUAUUGAAAUAACCUUAAGUAAAUGAGGAAGAAUUACUUUAUGAGAUCAAUUUAGUGGAUUAUCCAGAUAAUAUUUCAGAAAUUCUAUAUAAUGUAUAACUAUGA